GGACCAUAUGACCAGAGCGAGGGAAGAGAGGGAGUAAGAGUUAGACACCGAUGACAGCUGCACAUUUGAUGAUUGGACAGAGAACCCAACAGAGAUAAAUAGUAGAGAAACAAAGUCAAGCUUUAUCCAGAGAAUUUUCUGAUUGGACACUAAAAACAUCGUGCUGGAGGAUGCUGGAGGAUGACCGAACGGCUGUAUCUUCUCAAUUACGCAGGAGGAGGAAGAGUGACACCCUUCAUAAUGAACUGUGCAGUGAUUCUUUUAUUGAUAUCAAGUUGCUUCACCUGGUCUUCAGCUUUAUAUACACCGGAGAGAGCAGCUUCCAAGAAACUAAAGUAUCUUCUUGAGCCACCUGUGUCUGCAGACGUCACUGGUCAAAGAGGAGAUAAUGUCACCUUACCAUGUAUCCUCAGAACCAAACCCAGCCAUUACAAGGUUAAAUGGACAAAAAUUGAACCAGAGAAGGUUGGACCAGAAAAUAUUAUCAUGAUAUCCAAUGCACAUGCAUUCAAGCCAUACGGCCAUCUUGGACAGCGAGCUUCUCUGCGGAAGGCUCAUGCCAUGGACGCCUCCCUGCACCUCGGCCGUCUUGAGCUGGAAGAUGAAGGCACGUAUCGCUGUGAGCUGGUCAAUGGCAUUGAGGAUGAGAGCGUCACCAUUACUUUGAGGAUUGAAGGUGUGGUCUUCCCGUAUCAGAGUAAAGAUGGCCGUUACAGAUUCAAUUACCAAGAAGCAAAAGAGGCUUGUGCUGCGCAAGAUGGCACAUUAGCCACAUACAACCAGCUUUACAGAGCUUGGACUGAGGGUUUGGAUUGGUGCAACGCAGGUUGGCUCCAUGAUGGCACUGUUCAUUAUCCGAUUAUUCACCCACGACCAGUUUGUGGAGGCGAGUUGCCUUCAGGCAUCCGCAGUUAUGGCCCAAAAGAUAAAAACAAUGAUCGGUUUGAUGCUUUUUGCUUCACUUCGCAGACAUCUGGCUCCGUCUUCUACAUAGCUGGGGCUUUCUCCUUCGAACAGGCCGGACAUACUUGUAAAAAUCAGGGAGCUGAGAUGGCAUUGAUCGGCCAGCUUUAUGCUGCCUGGCAUUUCCAUAACUUUGACCAGUGCGAUGCCGGUUGGUUAAAAGAUGGCAGUGUUCGGUUUCCCAUCAGUAACCCCAGGGAGCGCUGUGGAGGCAUUCCAGAGGCAGGAGUACGGUCAUUUGGAUUCCCAGACAAGAACACACAUGUUUACGGGGUCUAUUGCUAUAGGUAAUCCAAAAGCACGAGCAAGAAAGACAGAGAGACCUGAGAGACCACAAUACAUGUGUAUACAGCUUUAUAUACCAAAAGAUUGUCCCAAAUAAGAAAGUUCAUAUCUGAGGCUACAGACACGUUGCACUAUUGUUAUUUUCAACAUUAUAGUAAAGUAACUAUGAGUGGGUAUAAUAAUGAUUAAAAAUAACUAAAAGAAUGAAAGUUCAAGGAAAGUUCAACAACUAGUAGAUUGCAGGUAAAUGUUAUAAAAUAAUGUUUAUAUGCACAAUCAUCUAUCACUAAGCCUUUAAUAAUAACAGCUCUGCAAACACAUGUGUCUAUUUAACAUAACUCUUGCUUUUAUAUGAGCAUACUCUAAUGAGAAUAAACACAAAGGAUAAACUGAUUUAUGUGUAAAUUAAUGACACAUAAUUUAAUUUACUGAAUAAAAAGAUGACCUGUUAUCAGUUUGGAUGUUUUUGUAUAUUUUUUUCCUUACUUUCCAAAAAUAUCUCAGCUGCUGGAGCCUCUGUCCUUAUUUAUCAUAGAGUGCCUGGAUGUAGCCUAACUUUAAAAUACUCAUUUUUGACAUGAAUCUAGAUGCCAUCAGUCGUUGGAAUAUAAAUGAAGAAAGGAGUAGCCUCUUUCUAAACUGCACAGAUAAGGUCAUGAUGUCAAGUUGUUAAUGAUUUAAAGUAGCAGCAACCAGUUAAAUUGCAGUUUACUGUUAAGUUUUCAGUUUCAGUUUAGCUGCUAGGUUUCAAUGUGGGUCCAAGGGUGCAAGGGAAAGCUUCCUGCCUCAACAAUGCAUUGAAAGAAAAUAUUAAAGCAAGGAGGGACUUAUUUAAUGAGCCUUGCAAUAGAAGUUAAAAUAACAGGAAUUAUACAUUUUUACACAUAUUUAUGAAAAAUAUAUAAAAUAAAAUAAAAUAUAGCAGUGAUCUGCUUUCCUAUUAAAUCUCUAAUGAGUACCGAGACAACCUGGUAGCUUUAUCCGUUUGUCUACAUGAAAUUUCUCUGAUUUCAGGGUUGGUACUUUCCCUCAUCUAAAGAAAUACCAAAAUUAAAGGGAAUCACUGAUGUCCCCUUCAAGAAAACGUUAACAUAGUUUCCACAUGGUGUUUAAAUCAGUUUGACAUGUUAGAAAACAAAACAAACUGCAUCUGAUUAAAUCUGGAGCUAGUGUGACUCACGCUUUAAUGUGACCUUAUCUACAUGUAAACUGUAUCUAUACAUUCUUAAGAGAUAUAAAAAGAAAUUUCCAAAGAAGUUCCCACCUCUUCCUCUUAUCUCUGCCUUCCAGCAAGAAAACAACAACAGAUGAACCAGUCCUGUGAACACAGAAGAAAAGGAAGAGCCCAAACAAAAGGGUUACUCCAGGACAGUUCCACUGUCCUGGAGUAACCCUUUUGGCCCACAACAUAUUACCCACAACAUAAUCGUGUUUCACCUUUAUUAAAGGUGGCCCACAACAUAUUACUCCAUAUUGUUUGGAUCAAUGGAUAAAUUUGUCUUUAGUGUACGCUAUGGUGGGCAAUCCUAUGGCUACAAAUGUGAGAAACUCUUAAAUAUUCACACUGUUUUUGAGACAUAACGUCUUUAGCAAUAAACCACUUGACAACAACGCUGAUCGUGUUUGGGGUUUUUUUUGUUGCUUUUUUAUGUUCACUGUAUUUAAUGUUGUGGUUAGUUUCAUUUGCUAUUAUAACUAAUAUUACAUGGAAGAUAUUUCUCAGUUGCAAGAUUCAUCAAGUUCAAAUAUUGUAUCGCAAAAUAUACAGUUGACUCACUGUCAAGUGAGUAGCCAAGUCUAAGCAAAGAAUUUCCAAAUCUUCGUUGCAAUCUUGCUUGUUGUGUUGACAAUUUAAUCACAUUGUCUAAAGACUAAAACUACACAUUGCCUUGACUUACCAUUUUUAAGUUUGCUUUUCAAGCCCACACAUUUUUUUGUAACCUAUAAGGAUCUUGCUACAGAGUAUACCACAUAAUUUCCGUUUAUCUGAGAUGCACUGCAAUUUGAGAUCUACUACCCACUUUCAGUGAAAACAGAACGCACAUGAAAUCCCUUUUUUAAUAAAGGUGAAAGGUGAAACAAGAUUGUGUGUUUGGAAAUCAGCAAAGUUAUAGCAGCUUCAAGAGCAAUUUAUAAAAGUAAAAAAAUGUGUCCAUUUAAUGAGCAGUUACAUGCUCUUUCUCCCAGUAAAGAAGCAUUGUGCUAUAUUAGAACAGAAUAGCAGCACUUCCUCGAGUGCAGCUACUCUAAGACCUCAUUUGAAUUUCUUUGAUCGUUAGAUAUGUGUGAGCUAUCUUAGGUUUGACACAUCAGGUGGAGUUUUCAAUAUUAAAAUUCACAGAAAACCUUCACUCUUAAAGAAAAACAAGAAAUCCAUCAGACUGUAAGAACAACAGAUUUUAGUGAAUGUCAGACCAGCUGAUGCUGACAAUCAAUUCACACUUUGCUACAUUUAACACCUAUCAGAAACUCAUCAAACUAUCAUGAACAGCAGUUUGUUACAAAUAUGUUAAAAUUACAGUGUGUGGUAGCAGCAGUCAAAUUCAAGAAUUCAACAUUGUCAACAGGUUGAUUUCAAUGUCUGCUAUCGUCACCUAAAACACA